UAAUUCACGUUGGACAUGGGGAUUGCAGCCGUUCCGGCAAUAUUUGCACAACUGGCAGGCGGCUCGCAGGGCUGGGCCGCCCCAGACGAAGGCAAGGGGGGCCUGGGGGUGGAGGGUGUUUGGGGGUGGCAGGUAUGGGAUGAGGGGGUGCAGCUGGGGGAGCGGCUGCUUUUCGUCUCCAGACACAUGGAGUUUAUUAGGGACUGCGUGUUCUCAGCGUGGUGGGGAUGGAUGGGGCUCUCUGUCCCUUCAUGCCUUGUGACGGAGGGGGGGCAGGAUGUGGGCAGAGACCCCAAAGCAUCCUCAUGUGCUAUGCUCGGGGCACUGUGCCCACUCCCAGUGACCCAUCACAGGGCACCUAAAGACCACAGAGAUCCCCUUCAUGCCUAUGGGAAGAAGGCAAGGGGCACAUGGGCCAUGGGGGGGCCCUGUUUGGCAUGGGAAUUAGCACGCUCCCAGAGCGAUCGAUGGUGGUCUCCACCCCUCCCCACCGGACAUGCAGGCAAAUAUUUGUGCCCAGACUUCGCGGGACGGCGAGAAGGAAUUUCAUUCUUGCGCCCACCUGCGGCUCGACUGCCUGGCAUUAACCCCUUCACCACCCCAGGGGAUGGAGGAAGGUGCCCUCCUGGUGCCCCCAUGCGGGCAGCAGGGUGGGCAAGGAGUGUGAUGGGGCAGCAUUUGGUGCAGAUGGUUGGCCACGGCUCUGGGCAUGCCCAUGGCAGUGCUGAUGCUCAUUGUGGGCACAGCACAGUUUAUCCUGGCAAUCCCCUACUAGACAAACCCUGUGCAGGGCCUGUGGAAUAUGGGGAAUGGGCAAACCACGCCAGCCCCCCACCCAGGUGCCCUAUGCAGCACAACCACCUCCCUGGGCUGCUACUGGGAGUGGGAUGGUGGGGCACAGAGAGCUCUGUUUGCCCACGGAUGUUUAUUGACAAUUUGCAAAUGUAAAACAGGACCGGAGGGGGUUGAGAUCUUUGCCUGUAGUGGGGUGAGGGGAGCACAGGGCCUGCUCACAGCAUCCUGCUGGCACCCCCAGCUCUGUCCCUUGUUCCCCAGCCUCUUUGUGCCCAGCUGGGCCCUGAGCAAACGGGGCUGUUUGCUCACUCCGGGAUUAGCUGCUCUUUGUUCCUUUGACUUUCUCUUCCCUUUAUGCCAGACCCUUUUAUGGGGGCUUCAAAGGGGGCUCGGAACCCCCACCCCCACCUCCACCCCCCCACUGCCUGCAAAGCUCACGUUGGUUUCCCGUGUCCCACUGCUUUGCAGCAACAUCCUGGGGGUGCCUACUAGGGACACCUGGGUGGCCCUUGGGGACAGCAGCUGUGUCACCUGCCCAGUCCUCCCCCGCCGCCUGGCACCUCCGGCUGCCCUUGGCACUUGUUGGAGUGGGUGUGAACGGCUGCUCGCCACAGCAGGAUUCCAGGCACUUUGCACCCUGUAAGCAGAGGUGGGAAACACAGCACUGGGAUCCGGCCAGCUGCACAGCUCUGUGCCCCCCCAGGACAGCACAUCCUGGCAGUGCGAUUCCCAGCAGGAAAACAGCAAGCUGCCUGCUGGCGUUGCUGGAAGGAACAUUUUAGGGUGAAAGGCACCUUGCGGUGCUCUGGUGCCUGCUGGCAUCCAGCAAGCAUCCUGCCACGUACCAGCUGCCCCAUUUCCCUGAUGAGUUUUUUGCCUAAUUAUGAAGGCUAUGGGGUACUGCAGAACUCCAGCCCGGCACUGUGAGGGGCUAUAUGCCCAGAGAGGGACGGGGACCAGGGCAUAAUGCUGGGGACCAUGAGAAGGGAUCAGGGUUGGGAGUGAGGACAGAGCUGUCCCAGGGUGCCAGCGGGGCGUGUUUGCAGCCCGUCACGUCCGCAGAGCCGGGACACGGCCAUACAGGGAAGCCCAGCGGUGUUUGACCCCAGUGCUCACAGCUGCCGCCAAACCGUGCUGCACUGCGUCACCAGCGCUGUCCCCAUAGUCAGAAUGGGGCUGCCAGAAUCCACCAGGAUCCCCCACUACUUGCAAGGUGGGUUGAUGGCUGUGGGGCCAGGGGAACAUGGGAUGGGCACAGUGGGGCCGAGGUGUUUACUCCGGUUGCUGUUACCUGGCCAGGGGCUGCCGGGAACUGCUGGCCACGGGGACAGGAUGGGAGCGCGUGAGAGCAUGCUGUGUGUAGUGUGCAGGAGGAUGAGGUCUGAGAGCUCCUGAGUGGGUGUGGGUGUGAAUGCAGGGGGCUGCAGAAUGGUGGGGUGCAUAGGGGCCACGUGAGCAUGCAAUCCACAGUGCGCAUGCGUGGGGCUAUGGUGCAAGUGGGGGUGUGGGUGUGCACGUGAGUACAGAUGUGCACAUGGGCAUGUGUGCACUCCCGCCCCUGGGGGUCCCUCCAAGCUCUCUACCAAAAAAACCCGCUUCCUGACCCCCACACCCCAUUACUCUCUCUCAGCUCAGAGCACCACCAACACCAUCUAUCCUGCCGUUCCAGGACCACCAUUGUGCCACAGAUAGGCACGGCCACCAUUCCAAGCACCAAUAUCCCACUUGCAGAUCACUCACGCCCAGGGCGAGGGGCAGGUGAGUGCCCGAGGACGCCCUUCCCGAUCCCGGAGCCAAGGGAGGAAGCGGCUGGAGGCAGGAAGCCACCCCCAGGGCCCCCGGAGCACUUUUGCUCGAAGGUCAGCAGCAACACAACAGGAAAUCACGCUGCCUCGGCACGGCGGCCGGGCCAGAGUGCUGCGCCGUGCUGUGCUGCCCGAGGGGUGUUCCCAGCCCCCAGUCCUCCAUCCCGGCCGGUGGCUUGCGGGGGGGGGCCCGCGCCACAGCUGCCCUCCAUGGAAGGGGGACGGGAGCCGGGGAGCAGCCGCCGGCCCCAGGGCAGAGGAUGCAGGGCUGAAGCCCCCAGCAGAGCAUGGAGCUGAACAGUGAGUGCGGGGUAAAGGGGACGGGCACGAGUGGGAAGGGGCAUUGCUGUGGCAGUGGAAAACCAAAUCACAGCCCCAGCCUUCUUGGCAUGAGCACAGCCCUCACCCCACACAUUAGAAGUGAACGCCACGGGUGCCUCUGGUUUGGUUGGAGCUGCCCACUGCCAGUUUGGCAUCUCACUGUGUCCAGCCUUGGGCAGCAGGUUCUGCCCAAUCCUUUUGGGGACAAGUGCAAUGCCGAGGUGGUAGCAAGAAGGGACACAGGUGGAUGGAUAAAGGUCUCUCAGAGGUGGCAGUCACUAGCAUGGAGCUCAGAAGCCAGCUGAGAGGCACCUGGGGCAGCAGCACACCCAUGCUGCCGGCUGACACCAGGCACAGGCGAGCCCUUGGCUGCUGCAGUGGCGAGGAGCCGACGUGCACGACGGGAGGCUGCAGGCAGGGAUUCCCCGAAAUGCACGUGACAGUCAGAGCGGCUCCUGGCACGAACUCCCAAAAGGAGGGCCUGCACAGGGAACACAGCUCAGCUCCCUGCCUGCUUCCCGGGUUGGAGCUGAGCCUAAAACCCAGCACUGAUGCUUGUCACUUUCCCCCAGCCCUUCUGCAAUGCUGGGAAAUCCCAGCUCUGCCCAGACAGAAUAAUGUCCCCAGGAACAGGAGGGAGACAAGAUCCUUCUCAGCUCCCAAAACCUCCUCGUGCCCUACUACAAAGCAAUCCCAGACACCACCAGACCAGGCAGAGCAGUUGCUGCUGUAGGCAUUACCUGAGCUGGGGCUCUCUGAGGAGGGUGGCCAGGUGCCCACGGGUAUCCCCUUCUUUCCCAGGACUACUGCUCUUCACAUCUUUCCUCCUGCACGUCAAAGAGUGUCACGCCAGGCCAAUGGGGCCAGUCUGUGACAAGAGACUGAUCCAGAAGUACAUCGGGGAGGCCAAAGACAUGGAGAAGAGAGUGAGCGAGUGCCAGGCACUACCCGCACUCAGCUGCCCUGUGGUUCUGCCUUUGGUGGACUUCAACAUGCGACAGUGGAAAAGCAAAUCGGUGAGAGGGGCUGGGAGGAUGGUGCUGGGGUGCCCAUGGGACUUGCGAAGGAGCCCCUGGGUAAGCAGAGGGAUACGGUCACCAAACAAGCUGAACAAGCAGCUUGUAGGAACAGUUGGUGGCACAGGAGCAUUGUGUGGAGAUGAGGUGGAGGAUCCAUCCAUAUCAAGGGUGGGCAUGGGAACGAUGGGCCUGCAGCCCUGUGCCAGUGGAGUCAGCACACACACUGCUUCACAGGACGAGAUCAAGUGGCGUGAGAUCCUGUGCAACCUGGUGCUGCUGGUGGGUGCUGUGACAGAGGCUCAGGGCCAGGUGAGCCAGGAAUGCGGAGCAGGGCAGCUGAGCCAGCUCUAUCGACAUGCCAACUCCUUUCUCCUGCUCCUGCAGACCUUUGGCUGGGAGGAAGGGCCCUGUGAGCCAGGCUGCUCCCCGCGCUCCAUUGAGCAGACUCAAGUCACUGAGAUCUUCCUCACCUACCGACAGUUGGUGCAGGGCAAGCUGCGCUUCUUCUUUCACAACCUGGCUAAGGACUCAUGUGACUGAGAUUGGGGCAAGCAGGGACCUCCAGCCCAUGGCCUGAUGAAGCUGUACACAGGAUUCAACACUGAUAAGAGGUCAGAGCAAUCCUAUAGGACAGUGAGCUGUGCUCUGGGUGCCCAGGAAGGUGCCACAGGGAAAGGGUUGGCUCCUUUUCCACAAGCCUUUGGCUAUCACGUGGCUCACAGAGGCCAAAAGCAGUGAUGCCUGUGAGCACGAGGCACAUGCCCUGCUCCUGUCAGACUGUGAAUGCUUUAAAAUUAAAGACCUAUUUUUCUAAAGGAUUGUUUGUGUCUUCCUAUUCCCCCUGCUGUGGCACUGGCCUGAGGAGCAUACACCAGCCUCUGGGAGAGGCAGCAGCUGGGGGAUAUGCUCCUGUUCUCCCCACAACAUCCAGCUCCCUCCUGCGGUGGCUGCCAUCUCUGCAGGGCAGCUGGGCUCUGCUAAGGGAUAUGAGAUCAUAAUGUCCCCUGCUUUCUUGUAUCCACCUGCCAAUCUCACUGUGCUGAGUUCUGGGGUCAUACAGCACCAUUCAGGCUAGGCCAAGCCCCUCUGGGAGACACAGCCUGCAAGCCAGUGCCCCUGAUGUGGUAGCUUUGCUGUCU